UCACCACCCAGCCUCCUUUGCCGUCGGCUGGGUGCAACUUCCAUUUUAGGUGUUGGAGCUGAGCGAGGGGGGGAGGGCGAAAGAAAAAGCGAGAGAAAAGGUCCCGCAGGAAAAGGAGGAGGAGGAGGAGCAGGAGAUCGCUGCAGCGCUCCUCGGUUUUUUUUUUCGUCGCCUUUUGUGUGUGCGCGCGCUGCUGCUGGUGUUUUUAUAUAUAUAAAAAAGCUCCCUUUGAGAUUUUUUUCUUGGAGUCUUUAGUGCUUUUGUUAGGAAACGGCACGCUUUUUUUUAUUAUUUCCCCCUCCCGCCCGCCCUCUGCCUUUGCAUUUGCAGCGGGACAAAAAGGCGUCUGGUCCCGUGCAGUCUCUACACGAAGUUGUCAAGCUGAAUGAUCAGAGGAGGAAACUGAGGAGCACUUGGGUUGGCGGCGACUCUCACGGACGCGAGGAAAGAAAAGCCUGCCUCUUCUCUCCAGCCCCCCCUCCCCGCCACACGCCUCUUUUUUAAAAAAAAAAACCUGUAAGAAGGGAAGAAGUAAAACUUGCUUAGUUAGCAUUCGAGAGAGGGGCUGCGCGAUUCCCGAAGGGGAGAGUGCGGGGGGCAAAAAAGACAAAGCCUUUCCCCUCCUGCUUCCUUGCUGUUGGUGGCUGGGCUGCUUCUUCCAUGAUUUUCUGCACUUAGACCAAGCUGUGCCUUAGCCAAUCAGUUCAGACCGGCCUUCCUUCACAGUGAGGGGCUCCCUUCUCCCCUCCAGCCCCCUUUUCUGUGUGACGUCCGUUCCCUCCAACCCCGUGGCAUCUCCCUGCCUUGCACCCGCCCUCCCCCCGUGCGGGGCCUUCACAACCAUGGAUGACUCGGAAGUGGAGUCGACUGCCAGUAUACUUGCCUCCGUCAAAGAGCAGGAGGCGCAGUUUGAGAAGCUGACGCGGGCACUGGAGGAGGAGCGGCGCCAUGUCUCUGCACAGCUGGAGCGCGUCCGCGUCUCCCCGCAGGAUGCCAGCCAGACCAUGGCCAACGGCACCCUCACCCGCCGGCACCAGAACGGCCGUUUCUUGGGCAAUGCUGACCUGGAGAGACAGAAAUUCUCUGAACUGAAACUCAACGGACCACAGGACCACAGUCACCUCAUAUACAGCACCAUUCCUAGGAUGCAAGACCCAGGACAGAUUGUGGAAGAGACCUACACUAUGGAGGAGGACCCCGAGGGUGCCAUGUCAGUUAUUUCGGUGGAGACCUCUGAUGAUGGGAAAACUCGCCGUACAGAGACCACGGUGAAGAAGGUUGUGAAGACCAUGACCACGCGCACAGUGCAGCAAGUUCCUGUUGGCCCCGAUGGGCUGCCUGUGGAUGGCUCUCCAGUCCCCAACAACUACAUCCAGACCAUGGAUAGGAACUUCAGGAAAAACACCAACGGCGGCCCUGGGGCCUACAUGAGCCAGCCGGGCACAGCUACCCUCCCGCGAAACUACCACUACCCAGACGGCUAUGGCCGCCCGUACGAGGACAGCUACCACGGCAGCGAGCACAACUACGGCAGCCUGUCCCGCGUGACGCGCAUCGACGAGCGCUACCGCCCCUCCAUGGACGGCUACCGGGCCCCCAGUCGGCAGGAUGUCUAUGGGCCCCAGCCGCAGGUGCGGGUAGGGGGAAGCAACAUGGACUUGAACCGCUUCCACCCAGAGCCUUACGGGUUGGAGGACGACCAGCGCAGCAUGGGAUACGACGACCUCGAUUACGGCACCAUGCCAGACUAUGGUACUGCCAGGCGUACUGGGACUCCCUCCGACCCCCGCCAGAGACUCAGGAGUUACGAGGACAUGUUGGUGGAUGAUUUGGCUAGAGACCAGUACUACUGGGCCCCCCUGGCCCAGCACGAGAGGGGCAGCCUAGCCAGCAUGGAUAGCCUGCAGAAAGGGGGCCCGCCCCCGCCCAACUGGCGCCAGCCUGAGCUCCCUGAGGUGAUCGCCAUGCUGGGCUUCCGCCUGGAUGCGGUGAAGUCCAACGCCGCGGCCUACCUGCAGCACCUGUGCUACCGCAACGACAAGGUGAAGACGGAGGUGCGCAAGAUGAAGGGCAUUCCGGUGCUGGUGGAGCUGCUGGACCACCCCAAGAAGGAGGUGCACUACGGGGCAUGCGGGGCCCUGAAGAACAUCUCCUACGGCCGGGACCAGGACAACAAGAUCGCCAUCAAGAACUGCGACGGUGUCCCUGCUCUGGUGCGGCUGCUAAGGAAGGCGCGGGACAUGGACCUCACCGAGGUCAUCACAGGAACACUCUGGAACCUGUCCUCUCACGACUCGAUAAAAAUGGCCAUUGUGGACAAUGCCUUACAUGCCCUCACGGAUGAGGUCAUCAUCCCACACUCUGGAUGGGAGAGGGAGCCCAGCGAGGACUCGAAACCCCGCCACAUAGAGUGGGAGUCGGUGCUCACCAACACCAUUGGCUGCCUUAGAAAUGUCAGCUCGGAGAGGAGUGAAGCCCGCCGAAAGUUGCGGGAGUGUGAUGGGCUAGUGGAUGCCCUCAUCUACAUUGUCCAAGCAGAGAUUGGCCAGAAAGAUUUAGACAGCAAGCUUGUGGAGAACUGCGUUUGCCUCCUGAGGAACCUGUCCUACCAGGUGCACCGUGAGAUCCCCCACGCAGAGCGUUACCAGGAAGUGCCCCUCAAUGCGGCCAACAACACCGGUCCCCAUGCAGCCAGCUGCUUUGGUGCCAAAAAGGGCAAAGACGAGUGGUUCUCGAGAGGUAAAAAACCGGCAGAGGAUCCUUCUACCGAUAUCGUAGACUUCCCCAAAAGACAAACCCCUGCAAAAGGUUAUGAGCUCCUCUUCCAGCCAGAAAUUGUCCGCAUAUAUAUUUCCCUGUUGAAGGAGAGCAAAACUCAAGCUAUCUUAGAAGCUUCAGCAGGAGCCAUCCAGAAUUUGUGUGCUGGGCGUUGGACGUACGGUCGGUACAUCCGCUCUGCGUUGCGCCAGGAGAAAGGCCUCUCUGCCAUUGCGGAUCUGCUGACUUACGACAGUGAGCGUGUGGUGAAAGCUGCGUCUGGAGCCCUGCGCAACCUGGCAGUGGAUUCCCGUAACAAAGAGCUGAUAGGCAAGCAUGCCAUCCCCAGUUUAGUGAAGAAUUUGCCAGGGGGACAGCAAACGCCGGCUAAGAACCUCUCUGAAGAUACUGUGGUCUCUGUGUUAAAUACCAUAAAUGAGGUCAUUCUGGAUAACUUGGAAGCAGCCAAGAAACUGCGGGAGACGCAAGGCAUUGAGAAACUGGUGUUGAUCAAUAAAUCCGGGAACCGCUCAGAGAGAGAAAUCAGAGCAGCUGCUCUUGUACUGCAGACAAUCUGGGGGUAUAAGGAAUUGCGGAAGCCACUGGAGAAGGAAGGAUGGAAGAAGUCUGACUUCCAGGUGAACCGGAGUAACAAUACUCGAAGCCAGGGUGGCAAUUCCUUUGAUGACAGCACCUUGCCCCUCAUUGAUAAGAACCAAAAAGGAGACAAGAAAUCUUCUCGAGAGGAGAUCCAAAUGGGCAACAUGGGACCAGACAAUUACUCUACACUGAACGAGCGGGACCAUAAUAGGACAUUGGAACGACCUGGAGAAGAAAUGGAAUCUAUGAAGGGAGCCCCACUGAUGCAGGAGGAAGGGCAGGAAUCCUUUGCGGAGAGUGACGCGUUGCUUUAUCCUCCUAUGCAGAAGAUCUAGAGCUGCCACCAUCUGCCUUCUCUGUUUUGGGUUUAUAACAUACUUUGUAUAACACUUUGUGGUGAAAUGGACUGACUCUCUCUCUUUUUUAAAAAAUCUCUUGGGCACACAAGUCCAGCCACCCAGCGCCAAAUGACUGGCCCCGCCUGAGCCCACAGGGCCUCACACCUCCCUGUAGACGGCUGCGCCCAUCCAAUUCCCUGGACACUACUUUUUGUCUGUAUUUUUCAAAAGUGCAGCAAUUCCUGAAGACCAAAUACUCUCGAUGGAUCUCACUCAAGCGACUAAGGCAGAACACUAUAAAAUUACGAGCUUCUCAUCUGCAGCAGAUGAUGGAAGCCCCGUGGUGCAGAUGGAUCUCAGCUGAAAACCUACCGUACUGGAACUAGGUUUUUUUUUUGUUUUCUUAAAUGCAGUGUCUUCUCUCUCCAUGGAGAAGAACUCAGAGGACCAGUCUCCUCCUUCUCUUAGCCUAUAGAAUAUAUUUUUGUGUGUGAUUCUUUUUUUUUUCUUGCAACAAAGGAUGCUGGAAGUACUGGAACAUUCCUGGUGAUGGUGGUAGUGGUGGUGGUUUGGGAGGGAGGGAAGGGGGAGGGGAUGACAAAGGAGGGACAGCUUGUGGGUGACUGCCAUCUGGGCCAUCUGGAUGCAAGAUGGCCUUAAAGAAUAUCUCUUUGAGAUGACAGCCCUCUGUAUCCUCAUAGGCUGAGGAAGAAUGUGUGGGUUUGCAUCUGUUUCCUCCCGUUUUCUUGCUUCUUGGUAGUUUUAAUCUGAGAGGGAUUAAAUCAGCGCCUAGGAAGCUAUUUAUUUGUGGGAGAAGAGCAGUUCGGGGUGCAGGGGGGUUGAGGGAAAGGUGGAAUCGGACCAGAGUACGUUAGGUGAAAGUUGGUGAAAGGGACAGAAGUCUCCCUACCUGGAAGCAGUGAUGUUGGCUGUCGAGAGCAGAGGAACCACGUUGGCUGUGUCUGGUUUUGGGGUUGCCGGUGGGUAGUUUUGGCUUAAGCAGUGGGUGCCUGGGUUGGGCUGCAAAAAGUGCAGAAGGCUGUUGAAGUUGGGAAGCUGGGUGAUGUGGAAAGUUUGUGAGGGAGGGAAGACUUGUCUGUAAAUAUUGCCCAAAUCCUCCCAUGCAGGCAGGGGAAUGAAAACUCUUAAAUCUGUCACUAUGUACACGUGCCUUUCUUCACCACUGUGAAAAAGCUUUGUGCCCUUGGUAGUUUUGUGUGAGAAAGGCAAAAGGGCUUGGGCUGGGGAGAUGGAUAUUUUGGCACAGAGUUGCGCUCCUGUUUCCUCUCUCUCUCUCUCUCUCUCUCUCUCUCUCUCUCUCUCUCUCUCCCCCCUCCCUCUCCCCCCCCUCCUUGAACUAGAACCAGAAUCCUAAUUGUAAUUGCCGUGGUGCAUCCUAGUUGAGUGAGAGAGAUCAGGAAUGAAUCUGUCAACCACCUAAAGGGCUCAUGGGUUGGGGAGAGGUGUGAAAGCAUGGUUAGGCGAGGGUUAUGCUGUGCACCUUAAUAGCUCACCUGUUUGGGGGAGCAAGAGGAACUUAGAGGGUCUGCUUACAAUCUUUGUCCUAAUCUGCAAAGCAGCAGUAAAGGGGACAAUAGUGACUAGCUCUGGGCACCAUAUUGGUGACUCCCACCUUUCUUUUUUUCUACGGAAGAUGACUGCAGUCUUUCCCUCCCUCCCAGCCUCCCAAGCUCUGCCUCUGCCUAGUAACUGGAAGGAACUCUGUUGCCCUCAACUCCUGGGAUUCUCUCCACACUAACAAUCCACAUUGCACAAGAGGGGGUGGGGGAAGGCCUAAAGUGGAAGAUUUUUCGGUGCCUCUGAUAUGCUCCUAUCCCAGUUUUUCUUUCCUUUUUGGGGGGAGUGGGAGGGAUCAAACAUGCAAAUCAGCCUUCUGAGGGAAGAGUCACUUGACUUUUUCUAAUGUAAAACACUAUUUCCUUUUUUAUUUCCAGAUAAACCAAAAAAGCCCCUUCCCCACUGACCAAUUCAAUGCUGUAAGAGGGACUAAUAAUUCACUGACUUCUUUUGUUUUGCUUUUCCUUUGCACCCCUGGGGGAGGGGAACAUCCUGCUGUUCCUUGAGUCCUGUGCUCACUCUGUAAUGCUUUUAAAGUGAAAUGAUUUUUAUAUAAAUAAAGUUUUAAAGUGUGUAUUUGUUAAAAUGGAA